AGACCACGACACACAGGUGGAAGUAGAGGAAGGUCUUGUCAUAAUAAUGUAGAUCUGUAACUGUAUAUAACUUCAACAUCAUUCUCCAACAUCAUGGAAAAAAAAAGUACACGUACACCUUACAACUACAUGUCACGACACCAGAAGAGCAGCUCUACAACGCUGUAGACGCUAGCUGUGUAGCGAAACAGCUGUGAACCUUCGCGGGAUACCUGAUUUCGCGACGCAGCUGCGACUACAAGGAGCGUGGAGGACGAGCAAGAGGACAGCCUAGACCUAGUAAACCUACUCCUACACGCAAGAUACGAGGCUGUUUGCGGAGUAAAGCGGCCCUCCAGUUGCAAGACGACUGAACCCGACCGCUUCACCGAGUGUCCCAACACAACGCCACAUUCUAUUAAGGCUCAACUUUCAUUGGUCAUUGGUGUUGGUCACUGAGAUCGAAGAGGCGACCCCUUGAGAUUCACUCCUUUUCCAGUAGGAAAAGGGUCGAGGAUGUUCUGCAGAGUAACCCCGUAACCUCUAACUACAAGAAGUUUUACUCCUUCGAACACAACGAUGGUGAUGCACGUUGAGACACACCAUGGUAAGUAUGACCACAUGCGUCAUAGGUGGGUCGAAGAUGGUGACGAGGGAAGCGAUCCCGCUGUAGCGACCAGCCAGGGCUUGGUGUUAAGAGUGGUGAAAAAAUACCGACAGUUGGUUCUACUUUGUUCGUCUGUUUCUACUUACUAGGCGUGUAUCAACAAAAUUGAUAUUAUAACUACACUUUUCUCUUUUCCAUCUUCCUCUGGGCUUUCUUUUUUUUAGUUAGGUCUGGUCCACAACAAUUAUAGGCUACAAGAAGUGCAAGUGUGUGGCUCUUAAUCUUACUUCAUAAGAAAGAGCUACAACUUAAUAAAUGUUUAUAAUCCUUCUAACACGGGACCCUGCCUACUAUCCCCCGCCUCUGGAAUUCGUCUCGCAGUCAGUGGAAGACGAAGCAAGACAUACUCUGCGAGCAGGAAAGAAGGCAAGCCUGUCGGCUGCUAGAGUGAUUAUGGCAAAUUUCUGAGGACGUGAAUGCACAUCUCUUAUCUUACUCUCCUCCACUAUACUGAGAUGAAGAACGGAAUAUCAUGUCUGAGGAAGGAACUAAAAACAACCCCUUUUUGCCGACACUCUUACUUUUCUAAUCUGCCGAAAUUUAUGCACGACCACGUGCCAAUAACGAAAUGGCUGCCAGAGUACGAGUGCAGCAAAAGCCUCAAAGGCGACCUCAUAGGCGGCCUCAUCAUCGGACUUAUCCUAGUCUGCCAGACCAUGGCCCAUGCCGCGAUUGCGACCACAGUAACAGUGCAGGGGCCUUAUUGCGCGCUUUUUCCGGCUGUUGUUUUAUGAAGGAUGUCCUGAAACAGAGACACGACUGUAACUGGAGUCUACUGUAACUGGAGCCUAGAACAAAGUGUGAUGAGGUUUUCCACUUCCGGAACGACAACGUCUCACCUCGUCAACUCUAAUUUUCUACGCCAUCUUCGGCACAUCACCGCAUGCGAGUAUUAGCAGUGGUGCAGUGGCUGCAGUGCUGAUCGCAGAUCAGCUGAGCAAGUUUGGUGACAUUGAAACCCGAACACGAGUAGCGAGCUACUACGCUCUUGUUACAGGACUCUUGAAUCUCUUCUUCGGGCUAACGAAGUUGACUUUUCUUAUGAAGACAAACCGUUUGUGUGAGUAUGAAUAAAUAUGAGCUCUUCAUCUUCGUUAAUUGAGUCAGUAGUAGAUGCUUUCUCAAUUUAAGACGCUGAAUACGUAACGUCCGACGCAUCCCUUCUCUAGUCUUCAUCUCCCUGGUGCGUUUUUUGUCGCAGCCAACGCUGAGCGGAUUCAUCACCGGCGCUUCCUUGAUCAUCGCCUGCACGCAGAGCAAACAGCUGACCGGACUAGACAAGCAUCUAUACGACGCGAAGGGUGUCGUGCCCAUCCUGAAGGGCACUUUCGUGAAUUUCACAAGCAUUAACUGGGUAGCAGUCGGAAUAGGAGUUGCUGUGAGUCUAGCGCUGCACUUCGCGAAACAGGUACUGCUUCUCAGUGUGACUGCUUGGCUCCUGUGAGAACUACUCCUCUCAUCUCCAUGUACUAACAUGCGUUGAAUGAUGUGACCGCUGCUUAUCAGAAAUGCAAAUGUACUACUUAAACACUAUCAGCACUAUCUACGAUAUGAUACGUAAAUACCUACUCACACUCUAAAACAUGAAUUUUUUUGAGAGUUAUUCAGUAAGCAUCUGCACGCAGGCACGUGGCGCCGCGUGUGCGCAACUCUUGGCGAGAUCGUGCGCACUCUCUGCUUCGGGUUGAGCGGCUUUCGGACGGGCCAAGGGGCCGGGAUCUGAAGUGGCAGCCACAGAGCACCACUGGCACGGCCUACUCUUGCGCCUUUUUCUGGGGCUGCUCAGCACGACAGGGCGCCCAAGACUGCGGAGCCCUUGGCAAACUCCAAAAAACCUACUCUAAACCGAUUCCGACCCCUCACCCAAAGGGACCCCUGAAAGGGUUAGAGUAGGUUUUUUGUGAAGGCCUUUUUCGCUGGAUUGUCGGGCAGGGGAGGCCUGUUUUUGCAAACUCCGAAAAACCUACUCUAAACGAUUUCGGCAGGCCCCACCUCACGACCAUUCUGGCCAGCCCUGGCCAAAUCCAAACUCGGAGGCACAGGCCGAAUGGAAGGGAGGCAAAGGCCAUUCUACCCGUAGCUGCGUGCGCAGACACAGCAAAUUUUAAGCAACUUGGCAGAAGGUGGGGCUCUGCUUCCCUAGCCGCGUGAGCCUAUUUGGCGGCUGGAGCAGAGCGGGCCCACUCUGGAGAUUAGUGCGCACCGCCAAGCGUGUGCAGCAGAGCCUAAUGCGUUUGCUCACUCUUUGCUCAAUAUGGCUCAAAAAAUUUCACGUUUUAGAGUGUGAGUAGUUUUUUACGUUCCAUAUACGAGUGUCGACGGACACUUCUUAAGUACGACACUUCUAGUACGAACUAACGGACACUUCUUACUCUUCCUAUCUGAACUCCCCAGCUGAAACCGCUCCUGAAAAAACGAAAAGAGUUUUGGGCCAAAAUUUCAUUGCAGUGCGUGGAUUUCAAAGAGCUUAUCGUUGUUUUGCUCUCCGGAGGUUUGGUAUUCAUACUACGGACUCCUGGUGCCGAGAAUCUUGUUAAGGGUACACCUUUAAGGUGCUUUUCUUAUACCGCUUUUUAUGCCUCUCUCAUCCUAAGGGAGAGAGAAAGGGGGCAUAACAAGCGGGGGAACCCGCGAGCACCAAAAACCUACCUCUAAUCUUGGACAAGAAAACGGUCUUAUUGUCAACGUAGUCGGCCCUGUGCCACAGGGUGUGCCAGCAUUCGAACCACCAUGGAACAACGUGCCGGAAGAAGUCACCUUUGCGAGCUUGUUGCCAGGUAGACCCUAAACCCUACCCUAAACCCUAAACCCCUAAACCCUAGUAGAGGGAUUUGCGUGUUUACGACUGAUGUUCUAGAAUCAAUUUGUAUACUUCUCACUCUACCGACUCUCAACCGAGAGGCUUCAGACCUUGCAAUCACCGACGUACUUUCGCCAAAUAGAUUUGCGUGUUUACGACUGAUGUUCUAGAGUUUGCAUUUAGAUAAUGUUGUCAAUGAUCAAAGUCUUAUCGAUAGAUACAUACUAGUCAACAAUCCUUAAUAAUCCAAUCUAUACCUCCAGGUUCCCUGCUGAUUGCAUUAACGAGUUAUAUCACGACCUUUUCAUCGAGCAGGCGCGUCGCUCUGCAGCAGGGCUAUAGCAUAAAGCCUUCACAAGAAGCCAUCGCUUUGGGUCUCUCAGGAAUUGCUGGAGGGUAAUUCUAAUUUAAUUCCCCAUCCCUUGUACUGAAAAAUAACAACGGAGCUUGCUUAUGAUAGUACUAGAGUGACUUCGAAACGUAGAAAUAAUAGAAAGGAUGAGAUGGACAAAAUCAAAAGCAAGACCUCUAACUUCUAUGAUCCUUCUUUCAGAUUUUUCCAGACAUUUCCAGUUUCGGGUUCUCUUUCUCGCGCCGCCUUACUGCCUAUUGUGGGGAUUAACAGUCAGAUCGGUGGCCUAGUAGCAAGCGGCGUCGUAGCGAUGGGCCUUGCGUUCUUCUCAGAGGCAAUUUACUGUUAAGAGUGGGAUAGGAUAUGAUAGAUCAUACGUAGUUUGAUUCUCAACAGGAUUUAGCUCAACAGGAUUUAGCGAGAGUCUCCUGUUCGUUUUCACCUAGUCGCUCAAUUUCGGCUUGGCAGGAAUUUCUCAACUUAACGCCUUUUCAUCUAGGUCUUUGCCUGUACCGCUAAUCUCCGAUUCCCAAGUGCACCUUGGCGGGGAUUAUCAUGCUCGCUUGUACGUCAUUGCAAGACUUCCCGUACCUGGCUUGGCUAGUCAAGACGAGCAAGAUCGGCGAACGACUAAAGCAAAAGGCCAUGGUGUCAAGCGUAUGGCAUAUAUCGUGGGAUCUCUGCAACUUCCAUUAAUCCAGAACGAACCGCUUCACUGUUACUUCCUCUCUUUACCUCCAAUGAGAUGGCGCAUUAUAGAUGAUUCCAUGACAUGAAUUCCAGAAACUAAGUAAAUAUGAUUCUAUGAGGACAUGAGUUCCAUGACAUGAAUUCCAUCAUCACUUUCAUCUCAAGAGAGCUUGCGACGUGCAGCCUCAGUCAGUCGGGAGAGCGUGAAUGCUGUGCUAUUUCCUGCUGCUCUUGCCAAAGGAAGCAACGGCGCACUCGGCGUGGUGCAAGAGGAGACAGGUUGGUGUCUUCUGGUUUCUACAUUCGAAGAUAUACAGGGAGGUCAAUGUUUUUCAGCUCUACUGACCAAUUUGAAGGUAAUUUACACGGUAGUGGAGCACCGUGUUUGUCAUAGACCAAAUUAAAUCUGUCUUUUUCCACAGAUGUUUUGCGACAGCCUCUUCUUGAGGGACGGGUGGAUGUCGCUAGCGUACCAACAUCUGCUGUAACAACCGGAGGCACUUCUAGUACGGGUGUCACAGAGCAGACCGGUUAUCUGCCGCCAGCUACUCUUAUGACAUAAAUAUUUAGAACCAAUUAUCUCGUUUGUGACUUUGACAAUCUCAUCAUUAUCAGAUUUUUGGUAUCGUUUUCAUUUGUACCGCCCCCUUGGUCUUGAACUCUAGCUCUACUAGAAGUAGAAUCAGCGACAUUUCUAUUUUACCCUCUUCAUUCCGCAGAGCUACCCCUCCUCUCGUUGCUACCCUUCCUCAGCAGGGUUUGGCGAAGAACCAGCAACUGGCAUUAGCUCCUUGCCAGUAGCAGCGAGUGGCACAGGCUUAGUGCCACCGACGCCCACUGCAGGAUCACACCAAUUACGGCUACAACAAAUCCAUCUUCCACUUCCCCGACAACAAAUCCAUCCUCCACUUCCUCCAUGCUCCAGGGAAGAGAGGCAUCGAAAUACUCUCCACGAGAUGGAUUAGCUUUAAAUUUCUAAAUCAAGCGCAUAAGGACUAUAACAGUCUUGGAGAACUUACUGGGCGUGAAGUGGACAGUGACUUCGCGGAGUUAUCGAGGGCUUUCGCAGAACAUGAAAUCAAACAAGUGCCUAGUCUCUCGCGAGUGGCAAGUAGAGGAGGCUUGGCAAAUACGCUUAGCUCACAGAACUUGUUAAGUUUGCCUGGGAACGGGGUCAGUAGCAGUAACUUUUUCCAAAUGCAAAACGGAGGAGCAGGUGGAGGCAGUCUUAUUAUGCAAGCAUGGCCGCGUUUCAAUUUCAAUUCUUUUACUUUUCCUUGUGCCUUUCUCUGUCUCUGUUUUCUUAAAGAACGGGUUCAGGUUCUUUACUUCUAGGUGUAGUCUUCACUCAUUGCAAGCACUGUUCUCUCCGCUUCAAAGCGUAUUUUCCUACUCGCAUCAUGAAGAUCAUGUUCAUGGCAGUCUACCACAUGAUGAACCCUUCUAAUCCAAGUCCCAUUAGUCCAGGGCAGACAGGUGGCAGUGGAUGGAAUCCGAGGAUAGGUGGAGGCCAAAGUCCAGGUGGGUCGGAUUACACAGAAGGUUAAGGGUACAACAUUAAAGGUGACCCUGUUACCGUUUGUUGUGCCCCUCCUGAGGGAGCUGCAAGGCACAGCAAAUGGGAAACAGAAACACCAAAACCCUACCUCUAAGAAGGGCGUCUUUCACUAGAUGCGUCGCCACCUGCUAACGGCAGGCUAGGAGUAGUAAACGAGGAAGCGGUUGCUUUUAUGAUGACGAGAGUGAAUAUCUUUAGCUGUAUUUCAACAUGAGGACAAGACACAUCUCUAAGAUUCUAAGGCCUAUUUGACUACUUAUUUCAAGAACAUGAUAUUUAAUGACUAUGAGAAUGAGUGUGCUGCAAGAUUCAGAUUGAGAUGUCUUCCCUCGUCUAUCAUGUUGAUCGCAAUUUACUACGAAGGGUGAUAGUGAAUUGCCUUAUAGAAAAUUCUAAACUUCCUCCUACCAUAGCACCAAGAGCAACGACAAGUAGUGGAGCGCCAUCCUACGGAGUUCAGGUAUCACCACCUAGCGGUCCAGUUCCGGUUGUACCUUCUCAACCCAGCGUUGGCACUGGAAAUACCAGUGGCCCCUUGGUGGUGCCAGCUGUCCAGGUCAUACCGCCAUCGUCUGAAGAAGAAGGAAAUGUUAUGGGCAAAAGUUUACUUUUGUCGACUUCAUGGUUGUUUCAUUACCUUUCUUGUUGUAAAAGUUCAGCUUCUAAGUUACGUCCCGGCGGAUUAGCAAAUAUCGUGGGCACAGAGCAGCCUCUCCGGAAGAUACAGGACGCAAUUGAAGAGCUACCGAAUACAGCUGUAGUGGGACUGUACCGCGAUAUCGCAGUAUGGUUAUUGGCGUUUACUUAUGGCUGAUGAAGUUACUAGUUCUUGAGAGUAUUUUACUGGAAGUACUUCUUCUGGGUCACCUGCUAGUACAACUAGGAUCUAUCGGUACCAUUGAAAACGUCGAUGACUUUGACUACAUACCUGACAUCAAGCUCUAAUCCAUAGCUACGAUUUUACUCGGCGUUCUUCAGGGAGUCGCUUUGGCAGUCGGGCUCUCGCUGUUUAUCCUUUUAGCCGACGUCGUAUUUCCUAAGGUGUUCCAAAUGGGAAAACUGGAUGAGGUACUUACUCGCUUACUACAACAUCUACUCAGAUUUGCUUUGAAUUUGUUGUGAAGCUGGCCUUGAUUUUUUUUUGAUUUUGACACACCUGAACAGCACUCUUCUCUGUACGACGUUGGUCGGGCGCGCGCGCAGGACAUCAUGUGUCAUCAGUUUGAAGGCGUCAUGAUGUUUGGGAUCGGCGCGAGCAUGUUUUUCGCCAACAUCGAUUUUAUCAAGGACGAAAUGGAACGAAUGCUCUCAAAGGAGAGCAAGUUGCGAAAGAUCAAGGUGGUGCUGCUGAUCUUUAGUUAUGAAUGUUUGCGAAUUCUGAGACGCACAUACUUUUUGAGUACGCGCAGCUGCGUAAGUAUCAUCUGUAGACUUGUAGCUGGCUCACGUGCAGAUAUGCAAGCUAAGAGAUAAAGCCAUGUGGUCGACGUGGUCAACAAACAGAGAAGAAACAACAAAACUACCUACAGCCACUUCUAAUCUGCCCAAGUAAAUGCAAUCGAUGCGACGGCAUUGAAAGAACUCAAAGAGCUUAUGGAGGUGUGGAAAAUGCGCAAGUUGCACAUUCUAGUGGCUGAUGCGACUGGUGAGGUCCUUGAUGUGAUGGAGGAACACUUCGGGCAAUACCUGGAUCAACCAAAAGUCCUCCUAACGGUGGAGGAGUGCCUCUACCACGCCAGGUACCGCAUACAUCAGAGGAGCGAGUCGAAGUAGGUCUAUGUAGGCAGGUUUCUGGCUGCGGGUAGUAAAGAGGUAAGAUUGUAGUAAAUCACUAGUAGACGUCGAGUUCUACGCAUCAUCAUCAACAUAUUUUUCAGGGCAAAUAUCUAGUAGUAUUUCAAUUUCUAUUUUGCAUGAGACAUGAUGACAUUUAUAUAUAUAAAACAAUGUUUUCGACGAUGGUAAAAAUUUUCCGUCAUCGUCAUCAUUCUCAUUGUACAGAUAGACUACGCGUCUGUUACCGCAUAACUAAAGACGAGUUAACAUAUUUCCAUCGUUAGAUGGUAUUCUGGCUUUGGCUUGCAUAAUAGUGUGAUUUUGAGCUUAUUAAAAGCUCCUGUGUAAUCUAUUUUUUGUUGACAAUGGCAGGUAAUUUGUAGAACCUGCUACAUCUACAGGCUGCUCAUCUUGAGCAGCUGCACAGGGAGGCUUGUUGAUACAUCUAUCAUGUUUGGAAUCCGUCUGAAACUGAAUGUCUUAUAACCACUUUCUUAUCAACAUCAACAUCAGUAAGAACAUGCACAAGACAAUGAACAUCAUCCACUCAAAGGAAAAGUAGUCACGACGAAACUGCAUAUGUUCUUCAUAUAAGUAGUCAGAGCGAUAAUUGACUUGUGAUACAUAGAAAGCCCACCCUUCCGUCCCGAUUUUUGAGCUUUUAGUUUUACGAGGAAGGUUGUUCCUUCACAUUUGACAUUUGCCUUUGAGCUUAAAAUACGACACCUGAAGAUAAGGGUGCGACACGAUAUCUGAAAAUUCACAAUGACAACCAAGCAACUACACUUUUUCAUAAUUUAGUACAACCACUGACUAGUAGAGUACUUUUCCGAUAUUUCAGAAUGUCCAAACGUGUCUAUUUUUUUGUUUCUGGGAUGCAUGGGUUUUUAAUGUACAGGAUUUCUGAACGUUCAGAUGAAGUGUCCGUGACGCUCACGUAUGUAUCAAUUAACCACCAGAACGCGUGAGUAGACGG